AAUAAACAAAAUUGGUAACAACAAACAAUCUAUGUAUGCUGUGCGUUAAUUUCAGUUCUAAUGUGACUACUACGUGGUUCUAGUCUAUUUCUUUCUUGUAGUAGUUUGUAUCGAAGUAAAAUGAGCUCGUACGUGGGAAACUCUUUUUGUAAUCAAACGCACGAUGCACCCUCCUUUAGCAUGCGCACUUUUGGUAACUAUGGGGCUGUCUCAGAGUUUCAGCACUCCACUUAUGCUUACGGAGGGCUCGAUCUCAGUGGAGCGUUAGCUUCUCAAGUCGUUUCCGAAUCCCCGAAAGAGGAGGCGAUAAAUAAGCACAACAGUGCCAGGAUCAACGCGCCACCACUUCGCCAGGCUUGCGCAGCAAUGGGUUCUCCAAGUCGUGUCAGUACACGCGGGUACAACUUGCUCAGUCAAGGACUGUUGAGCCAAAAAGCAGAGAUGAUUAUGGAAGUUACGGAAAAACCCAGCGGCAAAAGCCAGCCCGGUGACAUGGAGAUCACGCCAACGAUUAAACAACAAACUAACUCGAGUGAGCGCCAGACCCAGUCGCAACCGCAGAUAUACCCGUGGAUGACCAAGCUACACAUUAGCCACGACUCUGACGGUAAAAGGUCACGAACCAGUUACACCCGCUACCAGACUCUGGAGUUGGAGAAAGAGUUCCAUUUCAACCGCUACCUCACACGUCGCAGGCGAAUCGAGAUUGCCAAUAACCUCUGCCUCAACGAGAGACAAAUUAAAAUUUGGUUCCAGAACCGUCGCAUGAAGUGGAAGAAGGACUCAAAGCUGAAAGUCAAAGGUGCACUAUAAUAAUAAAGUGGUAUAGCAUACAGUUUGAAGCCACAAGCCAAUAUAAAUGUUUCAAAGGUCAAUCUGCUCAAAGCUGCAGAUAACUGAUAGAUUUUAAUCUUAAUUUAAUGUAAAUAUGUAACAUUUGUCCUUACAACUUGUUCAACUGACUACACACUGACAACUGGGAGGAGCUUUUUGGGUCACACCCAUCCAGAACCUACAGAAUGUUAACAUGUGAACACGCAAUUCUUAUUAUUUAAAGAGCUAUUUUGUGAUAUUUUACGUAAUUUAAUAUUAUUUGGUUUGCCUUCUGCAAUUUAUGUUAAUAUGUCUGAUAGGAUAUGUCUGGAUGUGUCUGUAGUUAUAAACUGCACGCAAUCACUGUAUGUUCUAAUAACAGGUUAGAUAGUCAUGCUUUAUGUACAUGUUGUGAGUAAUUUAGAUUUAUUGCUAAAAGAGAGACAUUUGAAGAAAAAACGAAAGGCUUUUAGGUUUAAAGUUGUAUUAGCAUUAUUGCAAGGAAAUUCAGCAACAGAACGUUUGCCCAAUGUAAUGGUCUAGAGGUUGAGUUGCACCUAUAUAUAAAUGUAGUUUCUUGAUCUACAUUUUACAAAUGUUCAUGUGCAAUGCAUUCAAAAUAAAAUGUGGUUGGUGCAGCCCAAUAAUUUAAAUAAACCAAAUGGUUAUUCUGUCCGUUUUUACCAAGAAAACUUGACACAAAUGAAAAAGAAAAAAGAAACACACAGGCCCUAUCAUCUUAUACAAAGGCCCUAAGCACUGCGAUGUCUGGUCUAUUUGUGAAAAUUUAUACAAAAUAGGGUCCACUUUUACGGUAAAAAGCCGAAAAUAUUGUACUUGUAACUUAAAGUACCUGCAAGAGUUAU